AUGAGUCGGGCGGCUUACAAAGAAUUUGGAGAUGUUGUUUCAUUUGACACAACUUACCUCACUAAUAAAUAUGAUAUGCCAUUUGCUCCGUUUGUAGGAGUUAACCACCAUGGACAGUCGAUUUUGCUUGGUUGUGGACUGUUAUCUAGUGAAGACACUGAUACAUUUGUUUGGCUGUUCAAAUCAUGGUUAAAUUGCAUGUCAGAUCAUCCCCCAAAAGCUAUAAUAACUGAUCAGUGCAAAGCUAUGCAAAAUGCGAUAGAAAUUGUCUUCCCCAAUACUCGACAUCGAUGGUGUUUAUGGCAUAUCAUGAAGAAAAUUCCGGAGAAAUUGAAAGGGUAUUCCCAAUAUGAAUCCAUGAAGAUGGAUUUGCAAAAUGCAGUGUAUGACACAUUCACAAAAGAUGAAUUCGAGAUGAAAUGGAAAGAGAUGAUUGAAAAAUUCAAUCUUUAUGAGAAUCGAUGGUUGGGGGUGUUAUAUGAUGAGCGACAGCGAUGGGUUCCUGAUGGCUACACCAAUGCAAAAUUCAAAGAAGUUCAAGCAGAGAUGAAGAGACUGGUUUAUUGUCAGCCGUUUAUGGUCAAAGAAGAGGGUUCAAUUUGUACAUAUUUUGUAAAGGAAGCUAUGGUACUUUUUGGGAAGAUGAAGCAUGUGGACUUUGUUGUCUAUUAUAAUUCGACCGAAUUUGAUGUGCAAUAUAUGAGUUCAGGGUUCCUUGUUACAAGUAGGGAAGGGUAUUAA